AUCUUCCAGACUUUCCUCAGCAAUCUGAAUCGUAAAUCCAGCUACUGCCACCGCGCUCCACCUUCCUCGCCAACGUAGCAUACAUCCCACCCCCUCACCCACGCUCACAUCCCAGAGGGUGAACGCUACGCUCUGUCAAGGUGCUCUUCAACUUCAUCUUUCUCCUACCGAUUGUUAGACAGGAUGGGCCUCUUGGCGCGUAGCGCCGUUCACCAAGCUGCUCGUCAUGUCACGAGCAGUGGCCGCUCCACCGUCCUCUGCAAGGCCCCUGUGACCUUCGCUGGUGCUAGAACUGCCAGCCGCAGCUUGGCUUGCUCGAUCUCAGGGGCAGCUCGUGCCUACUCUCAGCAGGUCGAUGUGUCUGAUCGCGAAACCAUCACUCGUCUAUUGUAUUCACUGGCAUCGCGAAAAGAAGUGGAGAGGUAUUUGCGCAUCUUUAGCGCUGCGAACAAAUUCGCAGUUCUGAAGGUCGGGGGUGCGAUCCUCACGCACCAGCUGGACGAAUUGGCUCUGAGCUUGAGCUUCUUGCAUCGAGUUGGUCUCUACCCGAUCGUAUUGCAUGGAGCUGGACCUCAGCUCAAUGAGAUUCUCGAGCGCGAAGGCGUUGAGCCAGACUACAUCGAUGGUAUCCGGAUUACUGAUGCCCGCACGCUUCGCGUGGCCCGCAAAGUCUUCCUGGAAGAGAACCAGCGUCUGGUUGAAAAGCUCGAGUCAUUGGGCUCAAGAGCUCGUCCAAUUCCUCUCGGGACUUUCACUGCAAGCUACCUUGACAAGGAGAAGUACGGCUUGGUCGGCAAGAUCGAAAAGGUUGAUAAGGAGCCCAUCGAGAGCGCUAUCAGGAGCGGCUGCUUGCCAAUCCUCACUUCUCUUGCGGAGACCGAGGAUGGUCAGAUACUCAACGUCAAUGCCGACGUCGCUGCUAGCGAGCUGUCCAAGGUGCUUGAGCCUCUGAAGAUCGUGUACCUAAACGAGAAGGGCGGCUUGUUCCACGGGAAUACAAAGGAACUUCUAGAGACCAUCAAUCUCGACGAGGAGUACGAUGACCUCAUGAAGCAGGAGUGGGUCAAGUUUGGCACCAAGCUCAAGCUGCGCGAAAUGAAGGAACUCCUGGACCACCUGCCCCGUUCCUCUUCGGUUGCGAUCAUUAGCGUCGACCAGCUCCAAAAAGAGCUCUUUACUGACUCCGGUGCAGGAACUCUCAUUCGACGUGGCUACAAGCUGUACAAGAGCUCAAGUAUUGAGGAGGUGGGGGCUGAGCGCUUGCGCACCGUCAUUAAGGAAAACGAUGAGGAAGUCAAGGACGGCAGAAAGAGUGUAGCUCAAUUCUUCUCUGAACUCAGCAAGCACCCGUACACCAUCUAUGGCGACGAGCCCAUGGAUGUGAUUGCAUUCGUGUCCAGACCUGAAGGCGAAGUGCCCAUUCUUACGAAGCUCAUCUCGACUCGCAAUGGUGUGCUCAAUGGCGUCAACGACAACGUCUUCAACCAGAUCAAGAAGGACCACAGGCGUCUUGUGUGGACUGCUCGUGCAGACGACGAGAACAGGGCAUGGAAUUACGAGCGCGCUGACGGCAGCUUCUCGCGCAACGGCCGCAGCCUGUUCUACUAUGGCAUUCAAGAUGUGAGCGAAGUGGAGAAGAUUGUGCGCAGCUUGGAGGAGAACAACAGGAUUGAGAGGGCGUACCUGCCUCUCAAUGCCUCCAAGCCUGGCAACGUCCCCGGUGGCGCGCGAGCCUUCUCCACCUUUGCUGCCUCCAGGCGGCAAGGUGCUGCUUCCCUUGGCGCAUCUACCAACGGCACUCUUGGUCGGCGCAGCUACGCCACUGCUGUAGAGCGUUCCCAGCCUCUCCCCGCAACCAACUCGGAGAAGAAGCGCGUUGCAUUGAUUGGUGCUCGUGGCUACACUGGUCAAGCCCUUGUCAGCUUGCUCAAUAACCAUCCCCACCUCGAGCUCUCCCACGUCUCUUCGCGCGAGCUGGCAGGUCAAGCGCUGGAGGGAUACGGCAAGUCCGAGGUGAAGUACAGCAACAUUGGCGUCGAGCAGCUUCGCAAGCUGGAAGAAGGCAAAGGCGACAGCGCGCCCCCUGAUGCCUACAUCAUGGCGCUUCCUAAUGGGGUCUGCAAGCCUUUUGUUGAGGCUGUUCAACAAGGCGGAGCUGGAAAGUCUCAAGGUCACGGUACCAUUGUGGACCUCUCCGCUGAUUAUCGCUUCGAAGACAAGUGGACGUACGGCUUGCCUGAGCUGUACUCUAGGCAAGCGAUUAGAGAAUCCAAGUUGAUAUCCAACCCUGGGUGCUACGCUACUUCUAUCCAAGCUCUUGUCGCGCCUCUACUUCCCUUCUUGGAUCCCGCGGCGCCUCCCACAGUAUUCGGUGUGUCGGGCUACAGUGGAGCUGGAACAAAAGCCGGUCAAGAGAAUCCCUCUUCACCCGGCAAGAAGGUGACCGUUCCCAAGAUUGGUCCUGAAGACCUCAAGGGUGGGAUCCGACCCUACAGCUUGACGGACCACAUCCACGAGCGGGAAGCUGCCAGGCACCUCUCCGUCCUUGGCGCUGGUAAUGCCGGACCGGGAAUGGGCAAUUCGAUCAAUCUCGCCUUUGUUCCCGUCGUAGCUCCUUGGUUUCAAGGAAUCAUCUCUACCGUUUCUGCGCCUCUGCGAACCAAAUUGACGGCCAAGGAUGUUCGGAAUGCGUACGAAGAGUUUUAUGCCGGUCAAGCCCUCGUCUCCAUCGGCAACAAGGUGCCGGAGAUUGGAGAUGUUGCGUUGCAGCAUGGCAUCAAGAUCGGAGGCAUUCAAGUCCACUCUUCCGGCAACCGCGUCGUCGUUGUUGGAGGUAUUGACAACUUGCUCAAAGGCGCUGCUACACAAUGCUUGCAGAACCUCAACAUUGCACUGGGCUACGAUGAGCUCGCAGGUAUUCCGCACUGAAGCGCACGCGCCUUGUAGAUAUUGAUAAAAGUGGGGAAAUGGAAUGACGAAAACCUGCUCCAGACAUUGCGCUCGCUCGCUCGCAAAGAAAUGUGAUUAGUCGUCGUGAU